UAGCGUAGAGGAUGCAUCUCCGCGAUAUGAUCCUCGUCUGGAAGAAGGGUCACAGACGGCUCAGCAUGGCAGGUCGAAAAGGGGGGCAGAACCUGUUGCUCCCACUGCAAACAUGCAAGCGACCAAUGGGGCCACUUCGCGUGCACAGACUGGAACUGGCACUCAUACCUCACCCAGUAACACGCCGGAGCCAGGCAAAGACGCUUCGCGGAUGACUCAAAGUCGGAUGUUGUUGAGCUCAAAAGGAGAGAAGUUAUACGUCGGCGAAAAUGCAUCGCUUUCCUUCCUCCACUUCCUGCGACGGAUUCUCAAGAAAUACAUGGGUCCUUCAGCAUUCACAGAGAAUCAGUUCAAGGACAACAUGCUGGAGAUUGAAGUGCCGCGUGAUGAAAGCCCAGUGAUGACUGAUUUGUCUCGAGGCGACAAAUUCGCUCUGGUGCAGCUCUACCGCGAAGCUUCAAGCGGUAUACUAGACCUGUUCACUGUUGCAGAGAUACAUGGCUUCCUAGACCGGCACAACGCGCUGAGUCCGAGCAUCUUCAUCGAAGUGGACGACAAAAGAUCUCGAGCUGAGCAGGCCAUGCUGAAUAUGAUGCUCGCCAUCGGGCAUCAAUGUCGUGGGCAGAACCCAUUCGAUUCGCACAAUGCCACCCGAUCAUUCAGCUGCGCUCAAAAGUAUGCCUUCGAAGGCUUCCUUUGCGAUCCUAGCCUGGACAUGGUACGAGUUUUUCUCCUCAUGGCCUUCUACAUGCUUGGCGCUUGCCAUCGGAACGCCGCGUUCAUGUACCUGGGCAUAGCCUCGAAAUCUGCAUGUGCUCUUGGGUUGCACAGGAAAGAUCAGUAUAAAGGACUCUCGACGUCCGAAUGUCUGACGAGAUGGCGAACCUGGAAGAGUCUGCUCAUUCUCGACACGAUCGUUUCCUCAAUUCUUGGACGACCCGGCGGUCUUCCAUCAAUGCGACCUGAGGACGAUUCGGCUUAUGACGGAGAUGGUGAAGUUGGCGAAUUCGACAAGCCGCGCUGGAUCGCGUCAAGAGCUGUCUUUGGCAUUUGCUCGCACAUCAUCGAGUUGGAACAACAGCUCGGCAGCGGGCAAAGUAUGGAUUCGAAAACAGCAGACGCCUUCUUACAACGUCUGCGAAAGUGGAACGAAUCAGUCCCGGUCCAGCUUCGACACUUCGCCAGCUUGAAAGAGAGCACUCUUGGACCGGCUGAUCGUGAGCUGUUCAUCGGCUCUACACAUGUUGCCUGCUCAUACUACUUCACCAUCAUCCUCGUCACCCGGCCCUUCUUGAUAUCACAUUUGGUCACACAAAUCCGCAGGCGACGCCGACCGAGUGUAGACAAGCUGGAGCAGUCCUCGGCAGUCUCAGAUCUGGCGCAAGCUUGCCUGGACAGCGCCGUGUACAUGGCCAAGACUGGCUACAUGUCUAUCAACUCCAGCAUUCUGUCAAACAACAUGUGUCUACUGAAAGCCUGGAUGUUCGCAGCUGGACUCCUUCUAGGCUUCUCCAUGUUUGCCCAAUCAGAACCUGUCCCCGAGGUUGACACGGCAUUCGCGAAUGCCAUCGCAGUUCUGGAACGACUGGCAAUCGUGUCACCGCAAGCACGCCAUUACUACGAGAUUCUCAGCACUUUCAAUGACGCCGUCACUGCUAGACGAGAACAAAUGGGUCGCGAACGUCGAAAGAAGAGCAAUCAGUACGUCAGUCAAUUAUUCACUGCUGAUUUCCAUGAUGGAACAGCGGCGGUGCCGACAUAUACAACGCCAUCUUCGGGACCCAGCAACAUGGAUCUCAGUGCUGGCGGCAGUGCCGGCUUGGAAGGAAUGAUGGGUUUUGAUUUCGAUGCUAGCAGUCUUGAUAGCCUUUCAGCUUCGUUCCCAGAGCAGACAGAUGGAAACUGGACAGCUGACCCGCUCUUAAGCGAUAACCUGUAUAUUGAUUGGGAGUCUCUGUGGCCGAUGGAUGGCAUGGUGAUAUGAUAUGAUGAUGGCAAGAUUCAAGACUUUCACGAAUGAAGUUACGCAGAG